AUGACCGGCUGCAAAAAGAGCGGCUUGGCCGCGGAAGCAGCAGCACCACCAGGCCCCGGUGUGUUUCUGCAGCUGCCUGGCAAGGCGCGCAAUUUGAUCUACACAUGCCUCUUCACCUCGACACGGCUUUCUGUUGGCGAACGGAGCACCAGCCGUGUUUUGACGAAAAUAGGGGAGCCUGCACCUAACUCUCUGGCCAUUCUUCGAACCCGCAGUGAUCAGCCAAGAAGCUGGAGGUCUUUGGCUUGGUCACGUUUCGUUCAACUUCGAAAUCCGGAGGACUUGCUUGACAAGCUCUCUGCUCUGCCUUCAACCACAGCUGUAGGCUGUCUGGCAGAAUAA